GGAUACUCGCAAGCUAGGCUGGGCCGGCCCGCUCAAGGCAAGCCCGCUCGGCCGUGUCGUCAGCUUAGUCAACUUACUCAACCAGUGGGACUACAAGCGUUAAGGAGAGUACAGUGGUAUCACGAGCAUCAUACCGUUCCAACAGAGUAAGGAUGCCUGCAAUCGGCGCGGGUAAUGCGGACAUUCGCUCCAUCUGUGGAAUUGUCCUAAACGUUAUCAAGAGCAAAGUCAACCAUAUAUGUUCGGCUACUUGCGACGGCCUCGUGCUCAGGAUGCACUAUCGGUGGACCUUCUUUCUCCUGCUGGGUACCUUCCUCACGGUGUGGUACUCGUGGUAUCACCGUGAAAUCAUCACUUGUGUGUCACACUUCAACGCAGAUGCACAGGUCCGCCUCGACUACCUCAACAUCUGUCUCUCGUACCCCUUCAUCGUGGAGAAAGGAGAAAAAAGAUAUUUACUCUUCUACCGAUGGAUAGCGUGGGCAUUCUCGUUCCUAGCUUCAGUGUAUUAUAUACCACGAAAGGUAUCCAAGAACCUUGACAAUGCAAAAUGCAAGAAACUUUUGGAAGAUCUCGCUGCCAAUGCUCAUAGGUACGACCAAGCAGAGAGAGAGCUAGUGGACAGAGCCGCGGGGUACAUGAUCUUCAACAUCAAGACUCACAAUGGAUUGUACUGGAAAUUUCUCACUGUUAACAUCAUUGCCCUAUUAGUAGACAUCUUUGCUAUGCAGUUUCUCGACUUCCUGCUCCAGGGACGAUUUAUCCAGUACGGUUACAAUUCCUACCCAUUCUCGAGGGACCCACACAACUUCACCGACUACAUGUCAAAAACUUUCCCUCCAUUCGCCUCUUGUGAGAUUGCUAAACAACAUCAGCUGCUAAGUAAACGUACAGAGAUGUUCGGUUGUCACUUGACCAUCAUGGAGUUAUACGAAAAAUUGUUCUUGGGUCUAUGGGUGUGGAUCAUCACUCUCACCUUUGUCACUUGUUGCUACAUCAUCUUCCUCUUCUUAAUGUGGCUUCCAUAUGUCCAAGUUUAUCUUCUCCGCGUCGCUAAGCCUGUCCACGCCAGCGAUAAAGUUAGAGGGGUUGUACAUGCAGUGACACAAAACUGUAAGAUUGGUGACAUAUAUCUCCUGUACCGCCUGAAGGGACACCUCAGCCAUGUCAGGUUCUACGAGCUGAUGGUCAGACUGUCUGAUCCCAACUUGUGCAACAAGCAGAUUCAACAGAGUGGGCCUAACAAGCAGAUUCAACAGAGUGGGCCUAACAAGCAGAUUCAACAGAGUGGGCCUGGGGUCAUGCCAGAGAAUAAACAGGCAGAUAUCCUGAGGCAACGACAACCCAACAUGCCCCAGAACCCACCAGUGAACCAAGAGUAUUUGCAUCAACUGUUGGCAGGCAACCCAGAGAUGAUGGGAAGACAUCCACAGCAUCCAGACAACGCACUCCAUUACGCAAAAAAAGCACAAGCAUUCCCAGCGAAUAAUCAAACCCGGUGAGCUGUAAGUUACUACUGUGCUGAUGCUGCCAAGGGCUAGAGAUGCCUGGCGACAGACCGGUGCUUUUCUAAGGACUACACCUUCAGACAUUCUUGUCACCGAGACACUUUAUAUGCUACACUCGAGUCAAGUUUGUAGUUCGUGUGAUCUAAGAUAAAACGUGUGGUUUUCACGGUUCUGUUAUCUGAUUCUAACCUUAGGUGAAAAAAAUGUGUUAUGAACUAUAAUUUGUCAUGAUGUGCACAAAACCAGAGUGUAUUAGCCCCUGUCUCACGGCAAUAACAAUUAUAUAAAUUUGGGUUAAUACAAUUAGUUUAUACAAUCCAA